AUGGGGUGUUGCUGUUCAAUUAAAUCUCCGAGUCAAACAACUCUUGGAAGGGAAGUUGAGUGUCCAAAGUGUUAAUAACUUUUCCCAUCUUACACAACUAAUCAUGCUUUUAAUGAUCACUUAGAUAAUUGCCUAUUGUCUUCUUAAUAAAAUAUAAAUAGAAUAGAAGAUUAUCGAGGAAUCAAAUAUUGGGAAAAGGUUUAAAACGAAUAAGGAUUCUAGUGGGUACUAAAGGAAUACAACCCUAGUCUCCAAAUUAAUGAAUAGAAUAUUUAACAAGAACCUUUUGGUUAAAAGCAAGUUUGGUUCAGAGCAAAACUAGAAAAACUUAGAAUUCCAUGGCAAAAUGGAUGCACUGUUAUAUCUGUUUCAUAAAAUCAAAUAUUAGAAUCUUCAGUGGAGAGUAUAAUGAAAUUGAAAUCUCGUCUUUUACAUGGAGAAUUGAAAAUAAAAUUUCAGGAAGAUCAAAAAGUCUAGGAUGCAGGAGGUUUGCUGAGAGAAUGGUCAACUUCUAUUUUAUAAUAAUUAGUCGAUUAGGGAUAUCUGUAAAAAACUGACACUAAAGAACUCACGUACAAAUUCAAUCCUAAUGUUUAAUCAAAUACUAUUGACAAAAGAUAACUCUUUUCCUUUUUAGGAAUAAUUGUGGGAAAAUGUCUUUUUGAAAGAAUCCCACUUAGUUCAUUUUUAGAUCGUACAAUUAUUAAACAUAUCUUGAGACAGAAGAUAGUGUUGGAAGACAUCAAAUAUUUUGAUGAAGAUUUAUUUUAUUCUUGGCAAUAUUUAUUAAAUAAUAAUUCUGAUUAAUUAGAUCUCUACUUUUAGUUAGAAUAUUUUGGUAAGACUAUCAAUUUAAAAGAGAAUGGAUGUGAAAUCAAAGUAACUAAUUCUAAUGCUUAGGAAUAUAUCAAUUUAAAUAUAUUCUACUACACUUCAUAGUUUUUAGAACCUUAUCUCUCAGAUUUUCUGACAGGAUUCUAUCAAGUGAUUCCAAAAACCUUAUUAAGAAUUUUCAAACCUUAGGAAUUAGAAAUGAUCUUAUUUGGACUUCCAUUUAUUGAUCUUUAAGAUUGGUCCAAAUAUACAAUAUAUAAAGACUGUUCUGCAGAGGAUUACUUUAUUAUAUGGUUUUGGUAGAUCUUAAGCACUUGGAAUUAGGCUGAACUAUCUUAAUUUUUGAGAUUUUGCACUGGUUCAACUAGAGUUCCAGUGGAAGGCUUUAGUAAACUUGAGAGCAACAGAGGAGAAAUUUCAUAUUUCUGCAUUUAAGCCAGUAAUUUCGAUUAAGAAAAUCCAUACCCUAAGGCUCAUACAUGUUUUAACAGAUUAGAAUUGCCAAAGUAAAUAUUUGGUUUUGUAAAGUUUUCUAGAUAUGAAGAACUGGAAACAAUGGAAGUUUUUUUGAAGGCAACCAUUCAUGAAGCAUUGGAAGGUAUUUUUGGUUUAGAAUGA